ACCACUGAAACGAAGGCCUCGAAGCCGCCUCCCCCUGAAACCUCUCCUCCAGCGACGGCGGUCGUCUUUCCAAAAAGGCGACCAUGACGUCGUUCGGAGUCUCACAAAAAAAUAAAAACCCGAACUCUAACCCUAGAAUCUUGACCCCAACCACAUUCUCUUCCUUCCAAACCCGGGCUCUCCUCUUCUCUCCGAUUCGCCUUGCGUGCUAUAGGGCAUGGCGUCCGCCGCCGGGGAGAUCGAAGUCGUCUCGGAUCCCAAAACCCAGCAAAACGGGAUCCCCGCCGGGGAUAAUCCCUCUGUGGACCUCGUCGUCGACGUCUACUCCGCCUCCGCCUACGGGGACUUGGAGAAGCUCCGUAGGUUCGUGGAGAGGAAUGGGCAGUCCGUCGCCAGGCCCGACGGCAACGGCUAUUACGCGCUUCAGUGGGCCGCCCUCAACAACUAUGCUGAUAUCGCCGAGUACAUAAUUGAGCAUGGGGGCGAUGUGAAUGCCACCGACCAUACGCAGCAGACGGCCCUUCAUUGGGCGGCGGUCCGUGGUUCAAUUGCGGUGGCUGUCGUGCUGCUUCAGAAUGGAGCUCGGGUUGAGGCUGCCGACUUAAAUGGUUACCGGGUAGUUCAUGUUGCAGCACAGUAUGGACAAACGACAUUCUUAAAUCACAUCAUUGCUCACUACGGGGCAGAUUUUGAUGCCACAGAUAAUGAUGGGAGAAGUCCGCUGCAUUGGGCUGUGUACAAGGGAGAUGCAGAUACUGUAAGGCUGCUUCUGUUCAGGGACGCAUACCAAGGGAGGCAAGAUAAAGAAGGCUGCACAGCUUUGCACUGGGCUGCAGAGCGAGGCAACACAGAGGUGUGCACUUUGCUUGUACAUGCAGGCACUAAAGCAGAAUUGAUGGUGAAGGAUAAUAAAGGGUUUACUCCUGCUCGGCUUGCAUCUGAUAAAGGUCAUCGACAUGUCGCCCGCAUUCUUUCCAAUGCAACAAGCGCAAAUGGAAAUUCCUGCAAUGAUAAAGUUUGUUCUGGAAGGAUUAACAAAAUUGGAUAUGCGCCGAUUUUGCUGUUUGUGAUUAUUAUCCUAUUGACUCUUUUCAUAAACUCCAUCCUUAUUGCACCUAAUUUUACAAAGGUUACUGCUGUUGUUGGCCUUUGGGUAUGGACUGGUCUUUCACUUGCAGCUGGUUCACUAUUAAUGUUCUACAGAUGUAGCAGCAAGGAUCCUGGCUAUAUCCAACCAAAUAUUAGACGGUCAGCAAAGAAUGCAGGUGCAGGAGAUCCUCUGUUGGAAAUUGAUCUCAACAAUUCUUCAACUUGGACAGGCAGUUGGUCCCAACUCUGCCCUACGUGUAAGAUAAUCCGGCCUGUGCGCUCCAAACACUGUCUUUCUUGUAAACAUUGUGUGGAGCAGUUUGAUCAUCAUUGUCCUUGGAUAUCUAACUGUGUUGGAAAGAAAAAUAAAUGGGAUUUUUUUGUUUUUCUUUGUAUGGGAACAUUGACAACAUUUCUUGGUGCUGUCAUUGCAUUUCAUAGAAUGUGGACAGGGUCACCCAAAAUUCCUUCUUCUGAGACAUGGAUUCAUCAUAUGGUGAUGGAACAUCCUGGUGCUGUUACAUUUUUUGUCUUGGAUGUUAUCUUGUUAUCUGGAGUUUUUGCUUUGACGGUGGAACAAGCAUCACAGAUAGCGCGUAACAUCACCACCAACGAGUUGGCAAAUGCUUCUCGUUACUCAUAUCUUCGAGGACCAGGUGGACGAAUCUGGAAUCCCUAUAACCAUGGUUGCAGAAAGAACUGUACAGAUUUCUUGAUUCAUGGGUACAACAAUGAUGAUAAAAUUGCUUGGCCAUCGCUUGAACAAGCUGCAAACUGAGUCUGAGUAACCAAAUCCCACCCCCCCCCCCCCCCCCACCCCCUUUUCUUUUUUUUGUUCUUUGAGAGAAGAGCAAUCAAAUCCUUGUUAUUGAAAAUGGAGCAGAUUUAAGUUUCAGGUUGUACAGGGAUUUCAGUGAAUUGAUUUACGGCUGGCAUUGCUUGAGGUCAAAACUAAUGGACUAUUAGAUUUUCUGGACAAGCUGCGAUGAGCCUCCUACUCUGGGACUUCCCAUGGGUCAGAAUAAUACUCAAUACGUGCAUGUUCAAUUUCCUAGACGAACUAGGAAAUUGGCCCCCACACGCUUAUCUGAGGAUUUUAUCUGUGGAUACCAAGCCUUGCUCAUGUCUACAAGAUGGCAUCUGUACUAUAAUGUUUAAUUGUAAUGGAAAACGAAAUUGAAAGUUUGAUAUCAUCUACUAAAUCUGCUUCCUUUUC